AUGGAUCUCCCCCUGGAUCCUCAAUUGACUACCCCGGAUCUUUUGGUAGCUCAAGAACUCCUCCGACAAAAUGAGCACCCCCAAGAGAAUAGCAGCGGCAAAGAAGCUAUCAAAAGACUGAAGGCUCUGAACGAUGUCACGGACCCAGACUUUGAUCCUACGGUCUUUCAGUUCUGGGAGACACACCUCCUUCGCCAGAAGUUGCCUCGUCCCAUCCGACAGUACUUGUUAGAGCCCUAUAUUCGCUGGGCUCAGCAAGUCGCACGUUUUCCAGCUGACGUAGUGAUGAUCACACAUCUUCUGCUCUACCUGACGACUUCGAUCCCCAGUGCACUUUACCUCUAUUGCUACCACUUUAGCUGGAUCCAUGGUCUUCUCCACUGGAUUGUGCAUGUCUGGUAUGCAGGCAGCUACACGCUCAUGAAACAUCAAUAUGUCCACAUGAAAGGCGUUUUGGCGCCUCAAUAUGGUCUGAUCGACACGCUCUUUCCGUAUGUCGUUGAUCCCUUUGUCGGCCACACGUGGAAUUCUUACUACUACCACCAUGUGAAGAUGCACCAUGUUGAAGGAAAUGGACCUCGAGAUCUCAAUUCAACAAUGUGGUAUGAUCGAGACUCGAUAGCCGACUUUGCCCGUUAUGUUGGCCGCUUUUUCUUUCUGAUCUGGCUUGAUCUUCCGAUUUAUUUCCUAGGGAAGGGGCAAUACUUCACUGCCUUCAGGACCGCUUUCUGGGAAAUCAGCAAUUACACCGCCGUUGCUCUGUUGUACCAAUACGGGCAUGCGCAGGCCACGUUUUGUGUCUUUGUCCUGCCACUCUUGACGCUUCGCGCAGGACUAAUGGCUGGAAACUGGGGCCAGCACGCAUUUGUGGAUCCUAGCGAUCCUUCGUCCGAUUUCCGAUCCAGUGUGACCUUGAUUGAUGUAGCUAGCAAUCGAUUUUGCUUCAACGACGGAUACCAUACCUCUCAUCAUCUCCAUCCUCGUCGCCAUUGGAGGGAACACCCACUAGCGCUUCUGCGAGACCAAGAACGAUAUGCGGACGAGCGGGCGCUGGUAUUUCGAAAUGUGGAUUACAUGAUGCUGACGGUGAAAUUGCUGCAGAAGGACUACCUGCACCUGGCUCGAUGCAUGGUCCCGAUUGGUCCCGAACAGAGAAAGAUGAGUUUAGAGGAACGCGCAAAUAUGCUACGGAGUCGGACCCGACGCUUGCCCGAUGCAUACUUGAAGAAACACAGUUUGAAAAAGCGAUGA